GUCCGCAGCAGGCACUGCCCUGCAAUAUCACACUUGCCUCCGCUGUCGUUUGCUGUCAUGUUCUCUGCGGCGAUCUGGACGAGCAGGCGCAGUUUGUGCCGCGAUCUGCCAGGCGGGAACCGCAGUCGUGGGUUUGGUCCUGGACUUUGCAAGGCCAGGAUCUGCUCUUGCCUCGAUCGCCAGCUCGCUCUACCGUCCUUCAGAUCAGCCAUGUCUCGGACCCAUUUUCUGCAGACUGCAGCCGCUUCCGUUCUCGUUCCGCCUGGCUUCCGCCGGAUGACGCUGGCCGGGGCCGGUCUGCCGUGGGGGCGGCCUAUGCUCCUUGCAAGCCGAUACCUGCCCAAGCCAACAUCUGCCAGAGCCGCAUCUUCGUCUGCAGCGGCAUCCAACUCGACCGGCGAUGGCUCUGCGGCGGCCACAGGCUCCAAGCAGUCUCCCUUCAACGAGCCAUGGUUCCCGUCGGACGAGAACGUGCAGACCGGCCACUACGGCGUUUCGUCCGAGCCGUUUCCAAAGGAGAGCGUCGACGUCCUAAUGAGUCCGCUUGAGGAGGCAGAUAUUGAAAUCAAACCAGACGGGCUCCUCUAUCUGCCCGAGAUCAAGUAUCGCCGAAUCCUUAAUCGAGCAUUUGGUCCCGGCGGCUGGGGCAUGGUUCCUCGCGGGCCGCACUCGGUGAAUGGCCGAACCAUGUCUCGCGAGUACUCUCUCUUCUGUCUCGGACGAUUCGCUGCCCAGGCUCGAGGCGAGCAGGACUACUUCACCGAGGAUGGUGUCGCUACCGCUACGGAAGGAUGCAAGUCCAACGCCCUCGUCCGCUGCUGCAAAGAUCUAGGCGUCGCCAGCGAGCUGUGGGACCCUAUUUUCAUCCGAGAUUUCAAGAAGCGCAUGUGUGUGUUUGUAUCGGCCACCUACGGCACCUCCGGUGUCAAGAAGUGGGUGUGGAAGCGCAAGGAUCGCACUCUGGACUAUCCGUACAAGGAAGAGCCCUCGUCUUCGACCUCAUCCCGGCCCAAGGCAUAAGCACCAAUGCAUGGAUCCUUCGCUGUGCUCGAUGGCUGGCCCGGGCAACCGAAAAUACAGCGUCCGCCCCCCCCUUCACCCAUUGCCCUUGAGCUGCGAUAGUCAUGACUCGGAGAGCCGGGAGUUUCCAUCAAUGAGAAUACAUUCUCAUCAGAAAAUGA